AUGCCUGGUUCACUUAAAAUCAAGUUGAAUAAUAUUCUUCAUCUUGAUAUAAUUGAGCGUGCCAGCAGUAGGAUAUGGUGUAACAAUAUUUAUGAUGUUAAGUCACAACGAACAAUCACGGUUACAAUCGAAGAAGUUAGAAUAGAGAUUAAGACGGCAAAGAAUGAGCAGUAG